AUGACAAAUGCUAAAUUAUCUAUUCCUGAUGUUAAUGGAGUAUGUGAACAUAAACUUGGUGGUGAAUGGAAUAGAUUUUGGUUUAGAAAUCUGAAAUUUGCUUGGAAAGAAUGCCAAACGAAGAAUGAAUUAUGGACUGAUUAUGAUUGGAAUUCUGCUCCCGGUUUUCAUGGUGGUUCUUCAACAUGGUGGGUAGAUGGUGAUGGAAAUGACAUAAAAUGUUGGUUUGUAGGUGGAUGGAGUGAUGGUAGUAUUUGGAAGCUCUAUGACAACUCACCUAACUGUUAA